AUUCAACACCCACCUCCAACCAGACCAAAGCAGUCGACUCUGAGCUCCUCUUAAAACAGAAUCAUUCAAGUCUGUCAGCAAUAAGACAACACUACAUGUGAGAAAUCUUUCAGUAUUUACCAAUCGAGUGACUGAAGAUGACCACUCAGCAGAAGUCUGUAGUGCAGAAAGUUUCUGAGGAAUAUUUUACACCAAACGGCUACGAGCUUGAGAAACAUCUCACACACGGCAGCGUGGCCUACACACACGUCAAUGAAGUCUGGCCAAACGUUUACAUAGGAAAUGAAGAAACAGCCAAAGAUCGCUAUAAGCUGAAGAGUCUGGGCAUUACACACAUACUGAACGCUGCUGAGGGCGAGUGGAACAAUGUGGACACCGGGCCUGAAUACUAUAAAGAUAUGAAUGUAGAUUACUACGGUAUUACAGCAGAAGAUACGACUACCUUCAACAUCAGCCAGCACUUCUAUACUACAGCAGAUUAUAUUCAUCAAACGCUCACAAACCCUCAGAAUGAGCUCCUCAUUCACUGUGUGAUGGGUCGCAGUCGCUCUGCUACACUUUUCCUGGCUUACCUGAUGAUCCACGAGAACAUGACGGUCGUAGAUGCCAUCGAUCACGUCAAACGCCAGAGACGCAUCACUCCAAACUGGGGUUUCUUGAAACAGCUGCGAGAGCUGGACAUUUAUCUGCUGGAACAGAGAAGAGCUCAAAAUACACCAGCAGAAGAAAACACGCACACUUAAAAGUCUCUCAUUACUUACUCACCUUCAACAGAUUUCUUUGAAGAAUCCUCAAAAGAACAAAAACUUGCUCUGCCUCUGAAACAUCUUUACUUUUGGGCUGAUAUCAUGAAGCAUUCAUACAGAUGCUCACCAUCAAAAACAUCAAGAUUAUUUUACAUGUUGGACAGCAAGUAACUCAGAAAACCUAUUUUAUGUUGACUUCAAAUGUAUUGUUGUUUGCUGUGUAUUAUUGCAUAAUAUUAGGCAGUAAUAUAACCAAUAUUCACUCAGAUAAACAAUGAUUUUGGGGCUUUUUGAUAAUCUAGCAACUUCAAAAAUGUCUUUUUUAUAUUUAUAUGUAUGUGCAUGUAUGCAUGUGUAUACGUAUGUAUGUGUGUGCACUAUAUACUCUUGCACAUUUACACAAAAGCUUUCAGACAGAGGUUUACAACUUAUUAA